AUGGCCGGUUUUAUGAAUGUUGAAAAAGCAGCUGAACUGGGAAGGCUGUAUCACCUUGACAAGAUAUAUCAGCUCGGUGACUCAAUUUCUGAUACUGGAAACCUUGUUUUGGAGAGUCCCCAUGGCAGUGGUUUCUUGUUCACUAGACCCCCUUAUGGCGAGACAACGUUUGGAAAACCUACUGGUCGAUGUUCUAAUGGGCUCCUCAUGGUUGACUAUUUCGCAACAGCAUUUGGUCUUCCAUACCUCGAACCUUACAAGAAAGCUCAUGCAAACUUCAAACAUGGGGUAAACUUUGCUGUUGCUGGAGCUACUGCUCUAUCAGAAGAGGCAUUGAAAGCUAAAAACAUUACAAAUCCAGCAACCAAUAGUUCCCUUAGCGUGCAAUUGGAAUGGAUGGCUUCCCACUUCAACUCCACUUGUCACGCCAAAGAAGGAUGUUGGAACAAGCUCAGAAGUGCCCUUUUCUUUGUUGGUGAGAUUGGAGGCAAUGACUAUAACUAUGGCUUCGUUCAAAGAAAAACCUUGGACGAGUUAACUGGUUUAGUGCCAGAUGUUGUCCAAAGUAUUACAGAUGCUGUUCGGAGAGUCAUUGGUUUUGGGGCAAGACGAGUUAUUAUCCCUGGUAACUUCCCAAUUGGUUGUCUACCAAUUUAUCUCAGUAGCUUCCACACCAAUAACUCAGCAGCAUAUGAUGAAAAACACUGUCUCAAGGACUUAAACAACUUCGCUGAAAUUCACAAUGAAGUUCUAAAAGCAUCAAUCAACGUGUUGAAGAAAGAAUAUCCCUAUGUCGACAUUGUCUAUGGUGACUACUACAACGCCUACUUGUGGCUCCUGUCUCAUGCCAAGCGUCUACGAUUUGAUAGAAAUUCUUUACAAAAGGCUUGUUGUGGAAGUGGAUCAGGGCCAUACAAUUUUGAUCCUCGAAAGAUGUGUGGGGCGGAAGGAGUUUCUGCAUGUCCUAACCCUGAUAAAUACAUAAGCUGGGAUGGAAUUCAUUCAACACAACGAUCAUAUAAGUACAUUACAGGAUAUUUGUUGCGCUCCAUCUUGCCUCAAAUGAGGAUGUUUCAUCUUUGA